GCCACUGAUGGUCCCCGAACCCCGACUUCCCGUUCCCACAAAUUUUAACCAAUUUUCUGGUAGACUGCACUUACUUGGUUACCACAUCAACCACACCAAUCCCGAUAUAUCCUCAUUAAUUAUUUCUAUUUUUCUGCUGGGAAUUCGUGCCGAUAAGUGAUAACUGCGUGAGAAGUGCGUGUCGAUACGUGCGGGCACCGGCUAUGUGGACUCUCUGAAUCCGGCCACUGGCGCCUGGCCUCUUUCUCCACAUCUCCUGCGGUUUCAUCAUGGGGAGUUCUGACAUAGAACUCUCCGAGUCGGAAGAUUCAAUUGAACUGUCAGAAACAGAGGAAGUCAAGACUGUAGAUGCUUCAAAAAAGAAGAAAAAGAAAAAGCAUAAGCACCACAAACACAAGAAACAUUCCUCGGAGAAACAUGAAAAGAAACACAAGAAAAAGCACAAGCACAAGAAGGAUGCCAAAGUGAAUGGAGAGGCUGCUGCUGAGCUUAAAAACGGGAAGAAAUCAGGGAAGGAUGGAACUGUCAUGAAUGGAGGUAAAAUCCCUGCCAACGCCAAGCCUGUCUUUGUAGACCUCGAAGCCUCAGUUGAGAAGAAAGUUAUCGAUUUGGACUCUGAUGGUAUCGACGUUGACCAAAUCGAUGAAGAUAUCAAUCUGGAGGACUUGAUGCGCCAAAAGGCCUUGCUUCAAGCACGUUUAGGAGCUUAUGACUCAGAAAGUGACAAAGAGAGUGACAUCAACAAAGGGAAUAACGACAAUCUCAAUGCCAAAACUGAUAUUAUUAACCUCGUAGAUGACGACUCGGACGAUAAAUCAUCAAGGAAAAGGCGGAAGAGAAGUCCGAGCCAAGAUGUCGAUGGAAGGAAGAAAAGGAAACCGGGUGAUUCCAAAAUAGGUCAUGGAGACAGAGAACGGGAGAGGGAAAGAGAUAGGAUCAGGCGUAAGGAGGAAGAAGAGCGAUGGGCGAAAAGAGAGGCUCAGAGGAGGGAGGAAGAACGUAGACGUGAGGAAGAACGGAAGAAACGAGAGGAAGUGCGGCGCAGACAAGAUGAAGACGCGAAGAGGAGAGAGCGUGAAAGGCAUCGCUCGGAUUCUACCCACAAAAGAAGUAGAAGCCGAUCGCAGCUCAGUCAAGACAGCAGAGCAAGGGAUCGCGAGAAGGAAGCCCGCGAUAAAGAAAUCAGAGAUCGCGAACGAGACAGGGAUAUCCAACGGGAGCGAGAGAUACGAGAGAAGGACCGCGAACGUGAGAGAGAAGCUCGAGAGAAAGAGCGACUACGGGACAGAGACAGAGAUAGAGAUAGAGGGGGUCGCGACAGAGACAGGGACAAGAAAGGAAGGGAUCAUGGCAGAGAUAGAGGCAGAUUUGACAGGGAUCGGUAUCGUCGCUCCUCAAGUAGGGAUAGGUACCAGAACAGAAAAUCAGAUAGAUCAACCGACAAAUUCAAAGAUAGCUUAUCAGAAGGACUGAAAGUCGACAAGUCAUCCUCUGAAGAUGAAAAUAUUGACUUAAAUAUUGAUUUAGAAGAAGAAAAUGAAGAAGAAAUUAUUGAAAGAAGGAGGAAAAAAAGAGAGGAACUAUUGAAACGACUAGGUGCAAACACGAGCGAAGAUUCAAAUCCGCCGAUGAAAGCUCCGUCGCCGGCGAGACCAACCAAAGAUACGGUCAAACCGGAGGAAAAACCGCUCAAAGAACCUGCGCCACUCACUGCAAGCAAAGUCCAUAGCAGUAGUAAAGAGCCAAAGGAGUCGCGUAGCAAAGAACCAAGCAGUAGUAGCGAGCCAGCAGCAGUAGCAAAGCAGCAGCAGAGCAAAAUUAGUAAAGAAUCGAAGGGAUCGAGCGGUGGCAAGGAAGCGAAAGAGUCCUCAAGCAGUAAGGAACGCAAGGAUAGCGUGAAUGAAUCAGGGAAAGAAUCUGGUCAGGAUGUAGCGGAAACACCGACGAAAGUGAAACGCAAAUCUCGCUUUGAGCAAGUUGAUCAGGAGAAGCAGACAUCUAGUUCGCAAGCAAAAGGCGAGCCAGAUAAGAAGAAAAGUGAUAAAAAUUGGGACAUGUUUGCUGAAGUUAUGGAUGGAGAAAGUUAUAGUAGCCCAGGUGUUGACGGGAAGAAACGAACUGGCCCAGAGAACCCUGCUCUGACCGACAACUGGGAUGAUGCGGAAGGCUACUAUCGUGUUAGAAUCGGAGAAAAACUGGACACGAGGUAUAUUGUCUACGGUUACACAGGACAAGGCGUCUUUUCAAACGUUGUUCGAGCCAGAGACACAGCUCGUGGGAACCAAGAUGUUGCUGUCAAAAUCAUCCGUAACAAUGAAAUCAUGCAUAAAACUGGUCUAAAGGAAUUGGAGAUCCUGAAACGGCUGAACGAUGCUGACCCAGACGACAGGUUCCACUGCUUGCGCUUGUUCCGGCACUUCUUUCACAAGCAGCAUUUGUGUCUGGUCUUUGAACCUCUCAGCAUGAACUUGCGCGAGGUGCUCAAGAAAUACGGCAAAGACGUCGGUCUCCACGUAAAGGCGGUGCGCUCGUACAGCCAGCAGCUUUUUUUGGCCCUGAAGCUUCUCAAGAAGGCCAACAUCCUUCAUGCUGAUAUCAAACCGGACAAUAUUCUUGUGAACGAUAGCAAACUCGUUUUGAAAUUGUGCGAUUUUGGUUCGGCCUCUCAUGUUGCAGAAAAUGAAAUAACGCCUUAUCUUGUCAGUCGGUUUUAUCGAGCACCAGAAGUCAUUCUAGGUAUCCCGUACGACUUUGGGGUUGAUAUGUGGUCUGCUGGCUGCACGAUUUACGAACUGUACACGGGCAAGAUCAUGUUCUCUGGCAAGUCGAACAAUCAGAUGCUCAAGUUUUUCAUGGAUUUGAAGGGUAAAAUGCCGAAUAAACUCAUCCGCAAAGGCAGCUUCAAGGAGCAGCACUUUGACUCGAAUUGUAACUUCCUCUACCACGAAGUGGACAAAGUCACUGAAAGGGAAAAAAUAGUCUCAAUGAGCACGAUCAAUACUUCCCGUGACCUCCACACGGAGCUGGUUGGAAACCAGCACCUUCCGGAGGACCAGGCGCGGAAAGUGAACCAACUGAAAGAUCUCCUGGAGAAGAUUCUCAUGCUCGACUCGGCUAAGAGGAUCGCCAUCAACCAAGCGCUCACCCACCCGUUUAUAACGGAACGAAUCUAGGAUCCCCCCUCCCCAGCUAUUUGUAAUUUACCACGUAACUAUUAAGAUUUUGUAGAUAAUUUAUAUGUUGUUCCUCGAGGAUGAUUAUUAAUAUAAAACUUUGAUUUUAUUUUUAA